CUAACGUUAUUGGGACACUUCCGGGUUAUUGUCGUCACAAUCACAUGAAGUUUGGUAGCUCAGUUUAGUUGACUAACAGGUGUUGCGAAUUAGUAAUUGUGAUAGUUAUCGAGAACAACCCAUACACUCAGAGUCGCCAUGGAUUUCUUUAAGAAAAAGCCUACCGUGGAACAGCAAAUUCGUCAGAAUGAUCGGGUGUUGAAGAAACAACAGAGAGACAUUGCCAGAGACAGGGGUGCACUGGAGAGAGAGGAGAAGAAACUGGAACUGGAAAUAAAAAAAGCUGCAAAACAAGGCAAUAAGCAGGCUGCAACUAUCCUGGCAAAGCAACUGGUACAAUUACGCAAACAGAAAACAAAAUCCUAUUCCAUGGGUUCCAAAAUUCAGUCUAUAGGCAACCAACAAAAGUUGAUGAACUCGAACAUGAAAAUGGCCACUGCCAUGGGCACAACCACUAAGACGAUGACGCAGAUGAACAAGGUGAUGGAUCCGCAGAAGACCAUGAAGGUGAUGCAGGAGUUUGAGAAGGAGUCGACCAAGAUGGAGAUGUCAGAAGAAAUGAUCAGUGAUACUCUGGACGACAUCCUUGACGAGUCAGGUGACGAGGAGGAGGGUGACGCCAUCGUUAACCAGGUGCUCGAUGAGAUUGGCAUUGAGAUCUCCGGCAAGAUGGUGAAUGCCCCCUCAGCACAUGGUGGAGCACUAGGAGAGUCUUCGAAGAGAAAUGCAGCCGAUGAUGAGAUCGAGAAGCAGCUGGCAGCUCUCAGGGACUUGUAGUUGGACUUAAUUGUAUCAUGCACAGUGUCUUGUGUCCUCACUGCAAGCAGAGGUACUAGGGGAGACAACUCUGUUUCCUUCUUUUCAUCACAGAGGUCAGCACAAGAAGCAGGGAAGACAGCAUUAUCCUGAUGUAUUUUGUUAUGAAAUCUUCACAUGGAUGAAAGUUAAAUUGAUAACUGCCUGAACAUUGUGUAUUAUUUAAAUUAUUUGGGUUUGGGAGUUAAGACAGGAUAACAUUAAGUGAAACCUGGCAGCCGCUGCACAGCAAGACACAUCCGAGUGGAUGGCGUCACAACCUAUGGUCAUUUACAUCUGUACGAAACACAAGUUUAUUCCAAAUGAACAUUUUUAUACUGUCAAGACCUGUCCCCACUUCCGAGGAUAGUUACAACUUGGUGCAUCCCACGUCUCCUGUGUUGACUCCUGGCAUGGAUGCCUCUGUUACCAUGGUUACUCGUCAUCCAUCAGCCUCCAUGGUCCUCAUCACUGUAUCAUUUCAUCAGAACAUUGUGUUGAUCAUGGUGAUUUUCAUGUACAUGAAAGAUGAUGUGGUGUUGACAAAAGCCUGUGAUUUAUAUUUUAUGUUUGUUGUUCAAUAUAUCAGCGUUAACUGUUCAGUUGAAUGAUUCAAAGGCAUUAUGAUAUCUGUGUACUAUUGCAUAUAUUGGCCGUAUUGUGAAACAGUUCUUCAUGAAUCGCUAUCACGAGGUUGUGCAUGGUACUUACUGUAUAGCACAGGUAUUGUGAGGGAGUUCCUUAUGUGUCACAAGGCUGUAUAUGGCACUUACUGUUUGUAUAGUAACACAGUAUGGCAGGUGUAUUGUGAAGUUCUGCACACCUCAGAUGUACUUGAACGGGACGCAGCAGGAACUUGUGUCAGACUCGUCAUGAAGUGACUGAAUCCAUUGUCAGUGCAAACCCGCCUACUCCACUGAUUAUUUAUCAGAUUAAAUUGUUUAUCAUCAUCAUCAUAUUGUUUAUCUUUGUAGGUAGUUGGUUUAGCUUUAGUUCUAAAAUUGGGUUUCUCAAAUAUGUUUGAUGGGAGCUGACAGGUUUAAGAGACAAAUUCCAUGUUUAUAGUUCGUUUUAUUGGUCAGCUUGCUGGAAGUCAGACAUGCCUAGUCACUCUAGUACUGGAAGAUCUCUGCUGAUGACAUCAGUAUUGCAUUGUUAUUAUUCCCAUUAAUUACCUCCCUUGGUAUGUAUUGUACACCCUGUGCUAUAGUUUUCUUCCCCGUGUCUAAAUCUUAGUCAGGUGAAACUCUGAAACCAUUGACUAAGGCUCUAUCUCAAUCUCCUGAACAUAUGCUGCCUUCGGAUACUCAGCGGCUGGGAUCAGUAGUUCAUCCAUUAAUACAAAACACACACUGGUAUAUACAUCGAGGGGUACAGUUAAAUCAGGCUCUCAAAGCCACUGUUUUAUCAGCUUGGAACAAUUCCAGUAAAUGUUUUAGUUGUUUGAUGAUGUUAGGAAUGAGAUAUUUAUUGUCUGUCACAUAUAAUUCCUGCCCUAUGCAUGAGGUUGAUAUGACAUCUAGAGGAUAUUGUUACUGUAUUUACCUACACUGUGUGUAGAUCAACAGUUGUUAAAUAAUGUAUGCCAGGGGGUUAAAUAAACACACGAAUAAACAGUUGUUUACUUGAGCAGAAUUGAUAGAUUAUUUAAUCAACAGUUCGAUGCAAUAUUUAUGUGUGUAUAUAUGUGUAAAUGUGUACAUUUUGCCUCUUACCUAUUACAAGAAAAUAAAUAACUUUCAAUUUUA